AAGGCUGACGUAAACAACAUACAUUUUUUGAUUGAACUUGUGUCGAAAUCUUGUGUUUUUAAUUUUAUUUACUUACCAUGAUCAAACUUGAGUUAAUUACACAGUACUGUUAGACUAUUUCAUGUUGAAUAAUCAGUGUUCACAUUGUUCAUACAUUCCAUAUAAAAUUUACUGUUACAAAGUAGGUAACCAUGUCGCGCCAAGUAGAUUCUAACAUCUCUAAACUAUUGGAAGGUCUUGGUUUGGAAGGAGAUGAAAACGAUUUUUGUGAUUUUACUAUCGCUGAUCAAAAUAGUGUUGCUGAAUCUCAGGGUAUAACUCCUACAACACCGUCUAAUUUCAAACCUGUACUUGGGGAGAAUGUCACAUACGUCGUCGCUUGUGUGAUAAUUAAUGAAAGUAAUGAAGUUUUAAUGAUGCAGGAAGCUAAAGAAAGCUGUGCAGGCAAGUGGUACUUACCUGCCGGUCGAAUGGAGAAAGGAGAAACUAUCGUUCAAGCUGCUAUAAGAGAAGUUUUAGAGGAAACUGGUAUGCAUUGUGACCCCAAGACUUUACUGGCCGUUGAAACAGCAGGCGGCAUGUGGUACAGAUUUGUAUUAAUUGGUGAUGUCGUUGGGGGUCAACUCAAAACUCCUGCUAAUGCAGACAAGGAAUCUUUACAAGCAAAAUGGAUAUCAAACUUACAAGAGAUAACACUGCGAUCUAAUGACAUAUUGCAUUUAAUUGAGAAAGCUAAAUUAUAUAAACAAAAUCAUUCCAGUGGGUCCUGGCACAAAAAUUUAAUGCCAGCACCAAUUUUACACACAAAGGAUUUGUUGAGGUUGAUUGUAGUGAUAAAAAAAAGAAGUACAAACAAAUUGCAUGUGUUAUUGAGUGAGAAAACAUCAAUACAUUUUCCAACGUGUGAAAUAAAUCCUGCUAAAAGUGUCCAUUCAACAUUGAGGAGAUUUAUGGUAGAAAUGUUUGGAGCAGAUGUUGGCCAACACAGGCCUCUGGGAUUACUGAAUGUAGAAGCUGAUCCAGGAGCUGAUGGACUAUGCCUGACCUUGCUUGUUGCCUUUCGCCCUCCUCUCGAAGAAGUACCCCUGAUUGGCAAAUGUGCCUGGCAAGAGGUCGGUCGAGACAAUGAAAAUAGACUGCUCUCUUUAAUCACAACUAAGAAUUCAACUGUUGAAUUGCAUGUCGUCCGUUAGUUUAUGGAUUUUAUUUUAAAUGCCAUGAACAUCAAAGAAUACUCAAUGACAUAGUUAUAAUACUUGACAUUAUUUUAUAUUUGACUGGUGGUCAUAAGGCCAAUGCAAUUUAUUACAUUCUGUUUGGAUUCAAAAUAAUACAUAGGUGUACUUACCUUAGCCUUAAAGUUUGACUCACCAGCUUAUAAUGUAUUGCCUAAAUUUUUUACUUUGCUUUAAAUCAUGGUUCUUGAUCAUUUAUAUUUAGAUUGGUUAGCCAAUCUAUACAUUUAUAAUGUAGGUAACUUAGAAUGUAAAUUGAAGUACAAUAACUUGGGACAUUAUAAACA